AUGGGCAUUCCACCGAGGUCGGCGAGCGGCGGCAGUAGAGGGCAAGGCCAUCAAGUGGUGCGCGCGGCGGCGGUCGGGCAGGAGCAGAAGCAGCUGCAGCGACCAGGCAAGGCGGCGGCAGGGAAGCAGCGCGGUGGAGCCGCACUUGUAAUGGCGAAGCGUGGCGCCGCCGCUCUUGUGGUCGCGUUCCUCCUCAUCGCCGUGAUCACCCUGGCGGACGCACACCGUCCGGCUCCGGCGGCCUCGCCGCUGGUCUGCAAGAAGGCGUACGGGGUGAAAGAGCACGAGACGUGCUUCGCGGUGGCGCAGGCUACCAGGCUGCCCCUGAAGCAGUUCCUCAGCUUCAACCCCAACAUCAACUGCGACAACCUCUUCAUCGGCCAGUGGGUCUGUCUCGCUGCCGUUCCCGCCGCCUGA